AUGUAUGUGAACAUGUACCUGGUAUCAACACAAGCCAUUGUUUGGACUGAAGCUUUCCUGUCUCCCUCCCAGCCUGUGCCAACAGCACUGGCUCAGGUUGACCGUGAAAAGAUCUACCAAUGGAUCAAUGAGCUGUCCAGCCCCGAGACACGGGAGAAUGCACUGCUGGAGCUCAGCAAGAAGCGCGAGUCUGUGCCUGACCUGGCCCCAAUGCUGUGGCACUCAUUUGGCACGAUUGCAGCACUCCUUCAGGAAAUUGUAAAUAUUUAUCCAUCAAUCAACCCUCCGACUUUGACAGCCCAUCAGUCCAACAGAGUCUGCAAUGCUUUAGCUCUACUACAAUGUGUUGCAUCACACCCUGAAACUAGAUCAGCUUUUCUGGCAGCUCAUAUUCCUCUCUUCCUGUACCCCUUCCUGCACACAGUCAGCAAGACCCGUCCGUUUGAGUACCUGCGGCUCACAAGCCUCGGGGUCAUUGGGGCCUUGGUGAAAACUGAUGAGCAAGAAGUGAUAAAUUUCUUAUUGACAACAGAAAUUAUCCCCCUGUGCUUACGUAUUAUGGAGUCUGGCAGUGAGCUCUCUAAAACGGUUGCUACGUUUAUUCUUCAGAAAAUCCUCCUGGAUGACACAGGGCUGGCAUAUAUCUGUCAGACUUAUGAGCGGUUUUCCCAUGUUGCCAUGAUACUGGGUAAAAUGGUCCUGCAGCUCUCCAAGGAGCCAUCGGCACGGCUGCUGAAACAUGUCGUCCGCUGCUACCUUCGCCUUUCCGAUAACCCCAGGGCACGUGAAGCUCUCAGGCAGUGCCUUCCUGACCAGCUGAAGGACACCACCUUCGCCCAGGUCCUGAAGGAUGACACCACCACAAAACGCUGGCUGGCUCAGCUUGUCAAGAACCUGCAAGAGGGUCAAGUCACUGACCCACGGGGCAUCCCUCUUCCUCCGCAAUGACUGCUGGGGGAGGUGGGGCACUGGGGAAGAAACAGCUCAGGUUUACAAAGAACCAGGAACAGGUGACCUCUUCUGCAACAAACUGGGCAUGCCAGCUGGCUGCCAGCCUGUCGGACCAUCCCACCCAGCCAAAGGGCUGCUCUGUAGCAGUGCAGCAAGCCUCCGGGGAUCCCAACACCAGCAAAUGCUGAUACUACAGCUUCAAAAAAAAAAAAAAA